AUGUGGAGCCGCGAGGCAUUCUUGACUUGGGACACGAUGUCCCAUUUCUGCCCCGAGCACCUGGGUUGCUUGGCGACGCUGGUCGGGCUGGCGGUGCUGCUCCCGCUGUUGGGCAGGCUCUGGCCGGGGCAGUCGCUGCCGGCCGGGAUCGGCGUCGGGCUGGCUCUGGUGUCUGCAUCGGGGUACCUGCUGUGGCUGGCGGCGGUGCUGUGGCUGGGCGUCUUUGUGCCGGCCCGCGACCUGCCGCUCGAGUUCUGCUACGUGGUGGGGAUCAUGGCGCCCGUGGCGAUCACCACUCGCAGCCAGGUGGCGUUCGACUUCCUGUAUUACGGCGCCACCUCCGGCGUGCUGCACGCCUGCAUCACGCCCGUGUUCGCGCCGUCGUUCCCCCACCCGCGGUUCUUCGCGUUCUGGGCCCUGCACGGGGGCGUCGUGGUGACGGCCGUCUUCGCCAUUGCGGCGCUCGGGCGCCGACCCAGCUACCGCGGCAUCUACACCACCAUUGGGCUCGUCGCCUGCGUGCUGUGCGUGGUGAUGCCGGUCAAUUACUGGGUGGACGCCAACUACUUCUACCUGCGUGAGAAGCCCAUCGGCUCGGUUCAAGAGCUCCUCGGCCCCUGGCCGGUGUACGUCACCGCGACGAUGGUGCUUGGCUUGGUGAACUUCCACUUGGCCUAUCUGCCGUUCGCCUUUCUCAAACGACGGUCCCCCGCCCGAGUAAACACCGCCUCCGGAGGCGCCCUCUCCCCCGCCCAGCAGUCCGCCGCGGUCGACGUGCUGUACGAGGGGUUCGCGCGGAAGAUUCACCACCUGCUGAUCCUGACCAAGAGCGAGGACCAGGCCAAGCGGCUCAUCCCACAGCUAGUCGACUUCUCGCAGAGCCUGGUAGCGGUGAUCGACGACCGGGUCUGCGGCGUGCUGUUCAUGAACCUCGGCAAACAGCGAUGCUUCCGCUUCGACUGGAAGCUCGGCAUCCACGAGUUCGGUCUCUUGGGAACUAUCAGACGCCGCAUCAACUACUGGCUGGUGCACGAGAAGAAUUGUCACGCCGGGGAACUCAACAUUCAAGCGAUCACGGUGCUCCCCGAGCUACGCAACCAUGGGAUUGGCACUCAGAUGCUGCAUGAGGUUGAGCGCUACGCCGACCGAAACGGCUAUCAAGAGCUGACGCUCGAGGUCGUGGACACCAACCCGGACGCGAAGCGCUUGUAUCGUCGGCUAGGCUUCUCCACCAAGAAGACCGAGCGCACAUGGCCCUUCACCACCAAAGCAGGCUUUAACGCGGUCGAUUCAAUGACCAAGCCGAUUGGCCUGACUCCGCCUCGCAAGCCUCGGUAG